AUGAAGGUGAAGGUGAAGCGUAAGUGGAACGUGGUGGCAGUGUGGAAAUGGACGGCGCCAGAUGACUCGUGCGGUAUUUGUCGGCAGGCCUUUGACGGCUGCUGCCCCAGCUGUCACGAACCCGGAGAGAACUGCCCCAUCGUAUUUGGCAAGUGCAAGCACUGCUUCCAUAUGCACUGCAUCCUGAAGUGGCUGGGCCAACCACAGGACGAAUGCCCAAUGUGCAGACAAACGUGGGAGUUUCAAUAG